AUGUCCACUCCAGCCAUUCUUCUCAUAGGUGCAACCGGCUAUGUCGGCGGCACUGUUCUCGAUCAUUUCAUCAAAGCCCAGGAUGAGGUUCUGAAACACCUCACUUUUGACCUGCUUGUCCGAAGCGAGGACGCUGCUGAUAAGCUUCGCUCAGCUUAUGGUGAUCGUGUCAAUCCUAUUCAGUGGGCAGGUCUUCACGAUGUCGAGUUCAUCAGUGACAUUGCUUCCAACUAUGAUAUUAUCAUCAGCACAGGCUCAGGGUUCAUCACCGAUGGAGCUGAAGCUUUCGUCAAAGGCCUCGCUCGUCGGGUCAAGCCAGGUGCUUCACCGCCUUGGAUGCUGCAUAUAUCUGGCUGUAGCAAUCUGUCUGAUCGACCUCUCACUCAGCAAGCGUAUCCGGAUAGGGAAUGGGAUGACACGGACGGCAACGCAGUCUAUGAGUUCUUGAAGGCCGAAGACGCACGCGAGCCAUAUCCUCAAAGAACCACCGAGGUUCGUGUGCUGUCAACAGCCCAAGAAACUGGCGUCCAGGCAGUCAGUCUGAAUACACCAAUCAUUUUUGGGACUGGAACGGGACUAUUCAAUCAACAAGGCAUUAUUAUUCCAAUCAUAAUGCGCUACGUCAUCCAGCACGGGCACGGCUUCAAACUCAAUGAGACCUCAGUCUGGGACUGGGUUCAUGUUGAGGAUCUUGCCGAUGUCUUUGUUCUCUUGACUCGGACUAUUCUGGAAAGGGAGGACCGCGGUGUUGGUUAUAUCCCUAGCGGAACGAACGGAAUCAUCUUUCCGGCUACCGGACGAGCUUUGCAAGUGGAGAUCAUGCAGAACUGUUUGGAUGUGGCAUUCGCAGAGGGAAUAUUGCCUCGUGAAGGCACGCCGUCUUCAAAGGAGAUUCGACAGGUGACACUGCAGGAACUAGCUGACGAGAUUACUGCUGGACUUACCGACAUGGCUGAGCGAGGCUGGGCAGGCACCAAGUUGAUGAAAGGGACAGAAGCAAAGAGGCUGUUGGGCUGGAAUCCGAUCAGGCUGGAAGAGGCUUGGAAGCAAGACUUUAAGGAUGAGCUCGAGGCGUUGAGGAAUGGGCAAAGACCGUGGACAUUGGAAAGCUGCAUUGGUCAGAAGAAAUAA